AUGGCAGGCCCAGAUCUUCCAAGUUUGCAACAUCCUAAGACCAACUUCUUGAGGUUCCCUUCCCCGAACCCCCCUGGCCGUCCUCUUCAACCCCCGCCAGUCCAGGCCUGGAUAACCUGGAGAUCAUGGGAAAGUUGUGCGGUGGACUUGUUGAACAUUCCGAGAGAGAUGAACACACAUGAUAUCUACGAGGCUUUCAAUCAGUAUGGGAAUCUGAUCUCCAUUGACAUUUGGGAGGAUGCUGCGGGCCGUCCUGAUUCGAAAGCUCGCAUUCGUUUCAAACCACCCCCAAGUAAAGACUUCUGGAGAACUGGGUCUUUUGGUGUGAGGCUCCGGAGCGGCCGUGUUGCAGUGAUAUCGCUCAGUAUCUGCUGUGGUGACUCCAACGGGACUAUUCCGAGCCCAGUCCGUCCAAAUGUUGAGCUCCCUCGGGAAUUAGAAUUGAAAACUAUACAAGUCGACAUCGGUAUCCUACUAGGUCGGUCCGCUGUUCAUUCCAUGCAAAGCUUCAACAACCUGGCAUACCCCAGAUGUGUGGUCGAUGUCAUACGCAAGUGCUUAGUACUGUACUUCAAAGUGGGAAUUCGGGGUUCAGAGACUGCAGAUGUGACCCAACAUGACUAUCGUGUCAAAAUCACUUUUCUCCAAUUGUCCCAGAUUUAUCGACAAUACGACAUAGCCACAAGACAGCACUCCUUCUUGAUUGUUCUAGAAUCCGCUGCCAUCUGGCAUCGAAAGGCCAAGGACGUUCAGUCUACACUAACUGAGCCGUUGAGCUGGAGAGAAGAGGAUAGCUGGUAUCGUCAGACCUCCGUGACACAUAACCCAAACUCGCUGAAGAAUCUUCCCACGAACUUGAAGAAGUUGGGACAUAUCAUUGACCUAGGCCGAUGGAACGUGUUCAAGGUCUCAUUCGCUCCCGAUGUGGACCCCCAUAUGACCCGUGUCGGCGAUACUAGUCACUAUUUAAAGCGCGUUGAGGACAUUUUCAAAGACUAUAACAUCAUCAUCAAAGAUGGAAAUCACUUUGUCGAGAAACCCGACCGACCGGUACCAGUGUGGAAUUGGAUUGAUUUUUCUGAGUCCAAGUCCAACAAGGCUUCCACGUUGCUGCAAGACCUAGGGGAUCAGAACUAUCUGCACCUUCCAUUCAGAGUCCGUUAUCAACUAGAGGUUUGUUUGUCUCAGGGAUUCCUCUCUGAAUUCACCAUAACCCGCGACUUUGUAGAGAAAUUAAAGGACCUCGGGGAUGACCAAGCUACGAGAUUGCUAGAAUUUGUUGCAACUGAGAAGAAACAGUACCUUGACCCCAUGAAAAUCUUUGACCUCAAAUUUUUCAAGGGAGUGACUGACUCGAAGAUUCCGAACUACUGCUGCUUCAUGCACACAGCACGAGUGACCCCGACCACGAUCUACUACAACACCCCAACUGUAGACAUUUCAAAUCGAGUCGUGCGCGAAUGGUCAAACAAAGGUGCACCUGGGCGCUUUCUUCGGGUUCGGUUUACAGAUGAGAGAACUGAGGGCCGCAUUAACUCGUCACUAGGCGAUUCCAAUGACGAAGUCUUCACCCGUGUCAAAAGGACAUUGGCGAACGGUAUCACUAUUGGGGGCCGCCACUACGAGUUUCUCGCAUUCGGGAACUCUCAGUUCCGCGAGCAUGGCGCAUACUUCUUUGCACCGGAUGCCGGGGUCUCAGCGGCAACCAUCCGGGCCUGGAUGGGCCAAUUCAACCACAUCCGAAAUGUGGCUAAAUAUGCUGCAAGACUGGGACAAUGCUUUUCGACCACUCGGGCUUUCACUGGAUCCUCUGUUCAAACUGUCCCGUGCGGUGAAGUGAUCCGUAAUGGCUUCAUAUUCUCAGAUGGUGUAGGAAAGAUGUCCAAAUUUCUUGCCCAGAUGGUCACAUCCCAGCACAAAAUUAAGACUCUCACUGGAGACCCACCCUCAGCCUUCCAGUUUCGUCUUGGAGGAGCCAAGGGCAUGCUCGUUGUCUCUCCGGAUCCUCUGCCUCAGGAGGUACACCUUCGGCCAAGCCAACAAAAGUUCGAAACCAAUCAAGCCGGCUUGGAGAUUAUUCGUUGGUCACAGUUCUCUCUUGCAACCUUAAACCGCCAGUUAAUUCUUGUACUUUCUGCUCUGGAUAUUCCGGAUGAAGUCUUUCAUAACAAACUCAACAGCAUGUUGGGCGGCUUCCAUCGAGCCAUGCGCAAUGAUCUGAAAGCAAUUCAACUUCUUCAAAAGUACAUCGACCCAAACCAAACAACCCUAACAUUAGCCCAGAUGGUAUCUGAUGGCUUCCGGCGACAUGACGAGCCAUUUGCCAAUACCGUGCUCGAGCUUUGGAAAUCUUGGCACCUGAAGCAUCUCAAAGAGAAAGCAAAGAUUGCCAUAGACCAAGGAGCCAACCUUCUCGGUGUCAUGGAUGAGACAGGUGUUUUGAAGGGAUACUAUAGAAGCGCAUUGCCGCGCAGAAAAGCCUCCUAUGCAGAGAAACUGGCCGCUCUUCCCGAAAUCUUUGUCCAGAUCUGCCGGCUAGAUGGAGGUGACGAGUACGAGGUCAUUGAAGGUCUCUGCAUUCUUGCUCGCAACCCUUCGCUCCACCCGGGAGACAUUCGUGUAGUCCGAGCAGUGAACAAACCGGAGCUGCAAUCACUUCGGGAUGUGGUUGUGCUUCCCCAAACUGGCGACCAGGAUAUUGCGAGCAUGUGCUCUGGGGGCGACCUCGACGGUGAUGACUACCUCGUUAUCUGGGACCCCGAUCUGAUUCCAGCAAAAUGGUUCGUCGAGUGUAUGGACUAUAAGGGUUCCAAAGCCCCAGAUCUUGACCAUGAUGUGACAGUUGACGAGAUCACUUCCUUCUUCGUUACGUAUAUGAAGAAUGAUUGCCUUCCACGGAUCGCACAUGCCCAUUUGGCUUGGGCCGACCGACUCCCGAAGGGCGUGUGGGAAGAAAAGUGCAUUCGUCUCGCUCAACUUCAUUCUGAUGCAGUUGAUUAUAACAAGAGCGGCGCGCAUGCAAGAAUGGCCCGGUCUCUGGAUCCUAGGUUCUGGCCCCAUUUCAUGGAGAAGAGGUUCAAGAGACCAUCCAGCAUUUACAAGUCGACCAAAAUUCUCGGUCAAUUGUAUGACGCAGUGGUCACUCCCGACUUCGUUCCCAAGUUGGAGAAGCCCUUCGACUCUCGCAUUCUGGAAUCCCCAUUGGCUCCAGAAAGUGAGGCCUAUAUGGAAUACGCCCGAGAGCUCAAGGCGGAAUUUGACAUGAACAUGCGACAAAUCAUGGCUCAGUAUGAGAUCAACACUGAGUUCGAGGUAUGGUCAACUUUUGUACUCCGCCACGGCUUCGUGAUCAGAGACUAUAAAAUGCAGGAGGACCUGGGUAGAAUCGUGGGUACACUUCGUCGUGGAUUCCGCCACCAAUGCUAUGACAAAGUAGGCCGUCAUGGCGGAAACAUUCCUGCCUUGGUUAUCGCCAUGUACCGUGUUACCCAGGAGCAGGUAGCCGCCGCAUUGGAGGCUCGACGCAAGGAGGCAUUGCAGAGAGCGGACUUUUCCGUUGUUGAAGUGAACUCAACUGAACUUCCACUCAUUAGCUUCCCUUGGAUUUUCCCCGAUAUCCUUGGUGAUGUUGCGACGGGUCGGGCACGUCAAGGUCCGGUCUCAGAUGGAGCAGCGGGUGGUGAUUCUGGAAAGCCUAUUGGCGACGGCGUGGUCUACACCCACCGGCAGAUCCUCAAGAUUGUUGAAGGCAUGGAUGAGGAUUUGAAGCCGAAGGAGGCGGAUGAGAACAUCAAGCCCAAGGCUGAGGCGAGCUCUGCCUCCGCACCCCCGCAUCAAGAAUUUAUUGCUCGUCGACGGUUUGACAAAUCCAAGUCCACGCCUCAAGACAAGAAUACAGGUGCGUGCUCCGAGGAGGAUGAUGAGAAUGAGGGAGGAGUGGAAAUACACGCCGCUGAAGCCAAGGAGAAGAUUGAGAAGGAGGCUAGAUGGGAGGAUAUUGUGGAAACGGAGGGCGAUGUGCAGCCUUCAGCGCUUGACACUCUAAUCAACAUGAUUAACAGCUGA